GAGAGAGAGAGAGAGAAAGUGAGGGAGUGAGAGAGCUCUCUGGCUGAUCUUUUUUUUUACCCCGAUCAGAUCGAAGAGUUUGCGUCUCGGAGUUCGAACUUCGGUUGCUCCGGCUUAAUAGAUCCAAAGCUUCACCACAAUUCGCCGUCGUUGUUUCAUUAUCGACAAGAUCUAUCGAGUCCGUUUGUUUCGGUGAUUUCUUCAGUAAAUCUCGUCGAACUGGAGAAUUAUCUGAAUUCUAAGCUCAAUUUCUCUUCCACAAGCGACGGAGAAGCGAAACAUCUGUUGAAUUCUCAGAUCUAAGUUGCUAGCUACAGAAUUCUCUAUAAUUUUAAAUUUGCGUCCGAGAUAAUCGUGAUAAUUCACCGCGCAUAGAGUUAUUUUGAAAAAAAUAAUAUCUAAGAACCGUUGAAGCUGUCGUUGUUCAUGGAGCUUCCUCAACCUCGUCCCUUCAAAGCUCAAGGGAGAAAACCAACACAUGAUUUUUUAUCGCUCUGCAGUCACCCAACUCUCCAGCCAGAUCCAAAGCCUACACCACCACCUUCUUCUCAAGGUAGCCACUUGAAAACCCAUGAUUUUCUACAGCCGUUAGACUGCGUUGGUGCUAAGGAAGAGACGAGUAGGGUUGACACAACCAGGAUAGCUUCUGAGAAGCCACCUCCGCCUGCACCGCCUCCACCGCUGCAACACGUUCUUCCCGGUGGAAUAGGAACGUACACGAUAAGUCCUAUUCCUUAUUUUCAUAAUCAGCAGAGGAUUCCUAAGCCGGAGCUGUCACCACCCAUGAUGUUCACUGCUGCUGCACAAGCGGGUGGUGGUAAUGAGAGAAACGUUGUGGACGAGAUUUCGAACUCUAAUAGCAGCUCAUACGCUGCUGCAGCAAGCGGAUUCACUUUAUGGGAUGAAUCUGGUUCUGGGAAGAAGGGACAGACAAGGAAGGAGAAUAAUGCUGGAGAGAGAGCUAGCAUCAGAGCUGAUGGUGCAGCAACUAUGGGACAGUGGCCAGCGGUAGAACGAAGGUCACAGUCUUUGACAAAUACCCCUUUGAGCGGUUUCAGUUCUCGCUCAUCCUCUCAAGGGUCUGGACUGAAGAGCCAGAGCUUCAUGGACAUGCUAAGAUCAGCAAAAGGAACUUCACAGGACGAUGAUUUAGACGAUGAAGAAGAUUUUGUCACGAAGAAAGAAAGCUCCUCCACUAGCCAGAUCCAUAGAGAUUUGAGGGUAAAAGCAGAGGCGAGAGGUGUUGGUAACGAUCAAAAGCUGAACACGCCUAGGUCCAAACAUUCUGCUACUGAACAACGGAGGAGGAGCAAGAUCAAUGAUAGAUUUCAAAUGUUGAGACAACUAAUACCUAACAGCGACCAAAAGCGGGACAAGGCCUCCUUCUUGCUCGAGGUUAUCGAGUAUAUUCAAUUCUUACAGGAGAAAACAAGCAAGUACGAAACUCCUUACCAAGGAUGGAAUCACGAACCUGCCAAGCUAUUGAAUUGGCAAAGAAACAACCAACAGCUAGUACCUGAAGGAACCGUUGCUUUUGCUCCAAAAUUGGAAGAAGAGAAGAAUAACAUUCCGGUGCCGGUGCUUGGAACAACACAAGGCGUUGUUAUAGACCGUACAGAAACACUGAACCGAGCAACGCCAGCGACCGGGGCAUUUCCUUUGUCAGCUCAAAGCAACAGUUUUAUCUCUCCUGUAAUUGCGGGUAACCCCGUAAAUCAGUUGCACACAAGAGUCGCAGCAUCAGAGACCUUAGAGCCAAGCCAUAGUUCUCGGACUCAUACUCAGCCAUUGAAAGAAGAAGGUGGCGAUGAGGAAGUUCAUGCGGGUAACAUCAGUAUAUCAAGUGUUUACUCACAAGGAUUAGCGAAAACACUAAGAGAAGCAUUGGAGAAUUCAGGAGUGGACUUAACGAAAGCAAGCAUCUCCGUGGAAAUCGAGCUUGCUAAACAGUCCUCUUCCUUCAAGGAUCAUGAACCCCGUGGAUUAGUUUCUACCGGAAACGAUGAACCCAAGCAAACUCGGCAACCAAAACGGCUGAGCAGAAGCAUUCCUCAUUCCCAUUGGACGCCAAUCUCCUCUGCCACGACCAGCCAUAGGACCAAGGUUGGCGGGAGGACGAACCUGACCUGCAGCAGAUGCUACACUUCCAGGAAUAGGGGCUGCCCCGGGUCUUACAUACUGCAAUAG